GUCCAGCAGAACAGAGGUGUGUUCGCCGUCCCUCAAAGGGCCAGGUCUAAACUCGAGACGCGUUUCGAGCUCCAGCGUCGCUAAAUGGGACUCGAACCGAACGUGCGACCCCACCAUCCUCGUUCGGCGCGCAAUCCAUUGUGCGUCGGAGAGACGACACCGGUUGCUUCAGAAUGGACGCCCACCUGCGCAACGCCACUGCAGUGGCCCUCAAGCUGGACCACGUCAUGCGACGCAUGCCGCAACUGCUGCCCUGCGUGCGCUACGCGGCGGACUAUGCGCACUCCGUCCUGGCCGAGGAGGAGGUGGAGCGAGAAUUCGGCAUGUGCGAGGUGUACGUGAGCCACCAAGACGAUGGCAAAACGCUGCGAGAGUGGUUAAAAUUCUAUGUCACUGAGCUCUUAGAGAGUCUCACUGCAGCUGUCGACUUGGCUGAGAAGGGCACCCCGUCCUACGAACGGCUGUUUAAUCUGAUGGAUUACAUCCGUAUUUUACGUUCCAAAAUUCCAUAGCUCAUUACAUUGUAUUUGCAAAUUGAAUAAAACUGAUCUUUAUUGUAA